GUCAGUAUUCAACAUCCAGCCAUGUCCGACGACGUCGGGGAGAUGACGUGAAAACUGGCCACUAGGGGCAACAGUGAUAUAAAUUUGUUUUUGACAUUUUAAAAAAUGUGUAUAUAUUUAACUAGGCAAGUCAGUUAAGAACAAAUUCUUAUUUACAAUUAUGGCCUAGGAACAGUGGGUUAACUGCCUUGUUCAAGCGCAGAACGACAAAUGUUUACCUUGACAGCUCAGGGAUUCAAUCUUGCAAUCUUUCAGUUACUGACCGAAAGCUCUUAACACUAGGCUAUCUCCCGCCCCAGGUAGCCUAUCCCAAACCUUAACCGUUACUUUAACCAUUCUGAGUUAAUACCUAACCUUAAAGUGUGGUAGUUAAUGCCUAAACUUAAACAUUCUGAUUGAUGCCUAAACUGUGAGACUGUGAGAGCUUCAGCCACUCCAUUGUGUUAGUGCACUCCCUUAAGGACGGGAUUUAUCGAACAUCAGGAAGACACCCUACUCACUCAACGAGUCAGUUCACAGUCACAACUCUAGAUUUAACAGUGCAACUCUCUAAACACGCGCGUUUGGGUUCAGUGCUUUUUCUAAAGACAACAGCCACGCUGUUUUUGACGAGCGCCAGCGCCGAACUUUAAUUUAUGGAUUUCACCAGCCAAGUUGUGACGCGUUUGGUUUCCCUGUGUUGUUAACACGUUAUGAAGCCACAUCUUGUCGUCUAUUUGUGUAACAGGAAUUUGAGUCUAGGCAUUUGUGACUUGAAUAACAAUCCGGAUCGGGAGUAUAAUUUAAUAUGAAUGACAACAAUAUGGAUUCUGAUCAAGUUCAACAAACAGAUGGCAGCACAUCAGAAGAAUCAAUAAGUAGUCCUAAUCAAAGGAUGACAAGAUAUCAGAUCCUCACAUUGAUAUCAAUGGCAUCUGUCAACUUCAGCUCAAUGAUCUGCUACUCUAUACUGGGGCCAUUCUUCCCCAACGAGGCCAUGAAAAAAGGAGCCAGUCAGACUGUCAUCGGACUUAUAUUUGGCUGCUAUGCUCUGUGCAAUCUGAUGGGCUCUUUAGUACUGGGUAAAUAUAUUGUCCAGAUCGGGGCAAAGGUCAUGCUAAUUUCAGGCUUAUUCGUAUCAUCGGGGUGCACCAUUCUCUUUGGCUUACUCGACCGAGUUCCUGAGGGAGCUACUUUUAUUACUUUGUGCUUUAUCAUAAGGUCUGUUGAUGCUCUGGGCUUCAGUGCUGCAAUGACUUCUUCUUUUGCAAUUUCGGCAAAAGUUUUCCCCAACAACAUAGCAACUGUUCUGGGUAGUCUGGAGAUCUUUACAGGGCUGGGUCUGAUACUGGGACCACCAAUAGUUCCUUUCAUGGCUCUGGGAUGCUUUCUAUUUCUUAUGGUCCCCUUCAACAUCUACAUCUUGCCAAGCUUUGCUGCUGAUCCUACCAAGGACUCCUUCUUCAGGCUGUUCACACGUCUGAAGAUAGUCCUCAUUUGCUUUGCCAUAUUCACCCUGAGCUCUGGACUUGGCUUUCUGGAUGCAACCUUGUCCAUAUAUGCCAUUGAUAAGUUUGACCUCUCUCCAGGUUAUGUGGGUCUUCUCUUGCUUGGCCUGUCGUUGCCUUACUGUCUGGCCUCACCUCUGCUUGGUAUCGUUAGUGACAGGUUUCCUUCCAUAAGGCCAUGGCUGAUGGUGCUAGGAGGCUUGUCUACAGCAACUGGUUUCUGGUUCUUAGGUCCUGUCCCCAUUCUGCAGAUACAGAGUCAGCUGUGGCUGUUGGUCUUCAUGCUGGGUGUCAUAGGAUUCUCUCUAAGCAUGAUUGCUAUCCCCACCUUCCCUGAAAUACUCAACUGUGCAUAUGAAAAUGGAUUUGAGGAGGGGCUGAGCACUCUCGGACUGGUGUCUGGAUUGUUUGGAGCAGUGUGGUCCAUUGGAAUGUUUUGUGGUCCGACGCUCGGUGGCUUCACCACACAGCAGCUGAGCUUUGAGUGGGCUGCUUCUGUUCAAGGAGGCCUGGCCUUUUUAGCCGCUUUCUUUCUUGGUAUAUAUUUUCUCUGUCAAGGAACACGACAAAGAAGGGCUCCUCAGAUCAAGAGGAAAAUACCUUCAGAUGAACGUACCCGUCUUCUGUCCUGAACAACGAUCAUCUACCAGGAACAUGUACAGAGAUGGGUACCGAACAAUAAACACCACUUCUUAAAAUAUUAUGUGUAUGUAUUGCUAGAGAUUGUGAUAAAACAGAACUAUGAGAAAGAUAUUUCACCAGAUGUAUAAAUGUGAAGCAUUCGGUUUGCGUUUCCACUGAUUACCAAACAUGGUGGUGAGAAGAAGCCCAGUGGCCGGGAGUGGGAGAAGAUGGAGCGAGAUGGAUUUUGGCCGACAUUCUGCAAAUUUUCUCUUCGAUGAAACAUUUGAUCUCAUUACAGUUUUCUGUUUCCAAAACUGUUACGAACAGAGUGGACUACGUUUUGUAGACUUUGCAUUAUGGAGGAGUGCAAGGGCAAAUUUCACAGAGUAGAUGUUCCCUAACAGAAAUAUGCAAAUACAUGCUAGAACGCACCAAUAGGCUCUCGCUAGCUUUUGCUUGGCUAUGCCCACCUCACUUGUUCUGCCCACUAUGAUUCAUUUGCUUACAUUGGAAACGACAGGCUGUGCUCUAUCCUGGGUUAGUUAUAAAACAUCUUUGGUGAUAAUGUACAGUGCAUUCGGAAAGUAUUCAGACCCCUUUACUUUUUCCACUUUUUUGUUACUUUAUAGGCUUAUUGUAAAAUGUAUUAAAUAAAAACAUUUCCUCAUCAAUCUACACACAAUACCCCAUAAUGAUAAAGCAAAAACAGAUAUCACAUUUACAUAAGUAUUCAGUUUCUCCAAUUCCUCUCAAG